CCCCAAAGGCGGAAGUGGUUUACCCCACCCACGUUGAAGGAAGAUUGAACCGGACUGGACGCCCGAAGUGGAAUGAGAGUGUGAUCUGGGCUGUGUGUCAUCCCGAAAGUUUUGUGUCAUUGCAUGUUUUCUUGACAGUACCGCCGACAUAAGCGCCGUGUUUGGUCCACUCGCUAAGGAGGUCGAGCUGAAAGAAUGGAGAUCGAGAGAGAAGUUAAAAAGAUGACCCUGGGUCAUGACUUUGGGGCGGGGGCCGCCUGCCUCAAGUGCAAGGAGAAGUGCGAGGGCUUCGAGCUGCACUUCUGGAGGAAGAUCUGCCGCAACUGCAAAUGUGGGCUGGCCGACCACAACGUGCACAUGGAGUCGGAGGAGAGCAAGAAGGUGGGCAAGCUGUUCGAGGACACCAAGUACACGGGGCUCAUCGCCAAGCUGAAGACGGAGGGCGUGCCCUCCUACAGGGGCAACAUGGCGGCCGUCUCCACGCUCAGCCCCGCCUCCUCUUCGCUGGUGCGCCCCGCCUUCGGCACCUCCUCCUCCUCUUCCUCCUCCUCCUCCUCUUCCUCCCCCUCCAACGCUGCGUCUGGCCCGUUCGGCGGCCCUGCCGGUGCCGGGGCCGGGGCCGGUGCCGGGGCCGGUGCCGGGGCGGCAGCCGCCCCCCCUGGCCGGUCUGGGAAGUGCCCGGCCCCCGCCCCCCCCGCCAAGGUCACCAUCACCCCGGUGAAGGGCGUGGCCGUGCCGGUGAACGCCGGCACCUCGUCUGUGACGUACGAGUGGGCGCCCCCGGGGGCCAAUAAAUACAUGGCGGUGCGCUACAUCGAGCUGCUUCCCCCGGGGAAGCGUCCGGUGAAGGGCUCGGAGGGCGCAGAGUACCGCCGGCAGCAGAUGGCGGUCCAGCUGCCGGAGCACGACCAGGACCCCGCCCUGUGCCACGAGCUCAGCCCCGCCGAGGUGGCGCUGAUGGAGCAGUACGUCCGCAAGUACAAGGACGACGCGCUGGGCAUGGGCGACGUCCGGCUGCCCGAGGAGAUGGCCCUGCUGCGGGCGGGGGGGGCAGGGGGGCUGGGAGGGGCAGGGGGGGCAGGGGGGAUCGUAGGGCCGGGAGGGUUCGGCGCUGCCGCUUCAGGGGCCGGUUCAGGACCAGCCCAUGCGGGGCCCGGGGCCCCUGGGUCUGGGGGGCACGGGGCCCCUGGGUCUGGGGGGCACGGGGCCCCUGGCUAUGGGUCUGGGGGGCACGGGGCCCCUGGGUCUGGGGGGCUCGGGGCCCCUGGCUAUGGGUCUGGGGGGCUCGGGGCCCCUGGGUCUGGGGGGCUCGGGGCCCCUGGGUCUGGGUCUGUGGGGGGCCCGGCGCUGGGAGAGGUGGCCCGGGCUGCGGGGGCUGGAGCCCUGGGCGUCCCUGGAGGAGACGUGGGCGCAGCGGAGCAGAGCUUUUCGUGCAGCCACUGCCAGCUGCCCAUGCGUCGUGGCGAGCCGGCGGUGUACGCUGAGCGCGCCGGCUACGACCAGCUGUGGCACCCAGCCUGCUUCGUCUGCUGCAAGUGCAGCGAGCUGCUGGUCGACAUGAUCUACUUCUGGAAGAAGGGGAAGCUGUACUGCGGCCGUCACUAUGGCGACAGCGAGAAGCCCCGCUGCGGGGGCUGUGACGAGCUGAUCUUCAGUAACGCGUACACACAGGCCGAGGAUCAGAACUGGCACUUGAAGCACUUCUGUUGCUUUGAGUGCGACUGUGUUCUGGCCGGGGAGACCUACGUGAUGGAGAAGGACAAGCCCCUCUGCAGACCCUGCUACAUGAACACCUACAGCGUGUGGUGUGUCUCCUGCCAGCAGCAGCUGGAGCCCGAGGCCCAGCGCGUGUCCUACGGCGACUACCACUGGCACGGCGAGCCCCGGUGCUUCCAGUGCUCCGGAUGCGCCAAGUGUCUGAUGGGGGAGCGCUUCAUGGCCGUGCAGGACAAGCUCUUCUGCUCCGUGGAGUGCAAGAAGAAGACGCCCGCCUGAGCGGCGGAACGGCGGCCAGGCACAAGAUACUGAACCGAGCGCAAUCAAAGAGAGUGAGAGUGAGAGUGAGAGUGAGAGUGUGUGUGAGAGUGAGAGUGAGAGUGCAAGAUGUGGCAGAUGAUGAUGGUGGGAGAUCAAGGUCCCGUUCACUCUGAACAACGGCAUUGCUUGACAUCUCUGGAAUUUGCAAUUCCAAAAAUCCACCUAUAAACAUAUAAACGGUGAAUAGUAUUUGAGAUAGAUAAAGUCAAUAUCUAUGCAUCGCCUUUCUAAACUGCCUUCACUAGGUGGCACACUUUCCCCACGAAUAUCUCUGUAGCUUCACUCUUGGCUUCUUUUCUCUUUUUCAUUUGCUGAUGAGAUUAAUGUUGUUUGGCUUGUGAGUCAUCUCUGGCCCAGACUACUGAUUUUCUCCAGACUAACAAUACCAUUCCCAUAUGUGGUGAAGGUUCUUCAUUUGGCUGAUUUGAAAAAAGAUAUGGAUCAAUAAACUGCAGUUCAUAUUGUUCUAAUAGAGCCAUCACUCUGAAGGGAAAACAUUUGUCAAAGAACUAAAAACCUAAGUUACAAUGUAGAAUUGUAGGAUACGAUAACAAUUGUAAGUGUAUAGACUUCAGUGUCUUCAAGGCAACAUUGGAUACUAGUAAUGACCAAUUAUGACCCAAUGUUUACAACUUAAUGACAAAAUAUCAAAUUCAAUUGAUUUAAUAACACAUUUUCUACAAUUACUUUUUGAUAUACUUUCAUUGUGUUUCAAUUGUUUCCAUUUUGUAAUCGACAGAUUUUCUAUUAAAAAAACAAAUGUCUUG